UGGUUAGUAUUUUACAUAACCCUAUCACUAAUCACUCGCACUCAGUUACACUCAGUUAUGGUUCAGAUAUUUUUUAUUUCACCAUUUUUAACAACCUUGAUGAUCGCCUGUUGUAAAUUUUUUUUGCAAGGUUGACCAUGAACCCUGGUGCAACUUCUUCGAUCAACUCUGUUGAGGUGGUUAAAGCUGAGACGCUCACAAUAAGUGAGAUUGCUGCCUUCAUCAAACGUGAGCCUGCUAAGGUUGCCUACUUUGACUGCAUUGCCACAAUUGAUGAUGUCAAGCUUGGUACUGACUGGUAUUACAUUGCCUGCAAGGAUUGUCAGACAAAGUUAAACUGUGGGCCUACAACACUGCUUUGUCCAACAUGCGGGAAUGAAAAUGCUACUGCAGUAGCCAACUACCGGGUGGAGAUGUUUGUCUAUGAUAAUGAGGAGCAGUGCACUUUCAUCAUCCUCGGAGAUGCUGGGAAAGAGCUCACCGGCAGAAAAGCAACAGAGUUGAUCGACACUUAUGUUGAGGAAAAUGGUGGAGAUGGGGCUGAGCUUGAGGUUCCACUACCACAGUGUUUUAUCGACACAAUCGGACAGACUAAGAAAUUCAGGAUCAAGGUGGCCCCCUACAAUUUCACCUCUUCGCGACAAUCCUUCACAGCUACCAAAAUUGUGUCAUCGGCAGUUUUGCCACCAAAGAAGCCUCCACUCGAAGCGCCACCAGGAACUGAAGUGGAAAACUCAGAGUUAGCUGAGAGCAGUGGUGGUGGUACUUCAGCCACUGACGACCAGAAGAAAGCAAAGCGUAUCAAGCGUAGUGGCUAG